AAAACUCCUCCGAAGCAUAAGCUGCAGAGUGAGUUGCAACGCUGAGCUGGAAUCUGAGGUGCGCAAUGGCGGCAUUGGUGCCGUCACACCUGCAUUGCACAGGCAAUGCACAGACAAUGGAGCUGUCAGAUUACGAGUGAUUGCUUAAUAAGCUCCUUAGCAGUAGGAGCAGGGGCAUGAAUUUAACUUUUAAAAGGGGUAAGGCAAUCAGCACUCCUCCCGCUGAUGGCGCCAACCGUGUGGAGCGACUGGCUUGAUACGGCGAUCAGCGGCCUUGGAAAAACAAACUUGCUUCGGUCACUGAGACCAGUGCAAUGUGAUGCUAUUGGACGGUGUCCAGAAUGUGGAAAGGAAGAUAAAGGUUGUUCCGCAGAAUCUAUGGCUCGGUGUGCUUGCCGCUGCGGCAAUCGGAGUAUGGAUCACACGGCAGGAGGUGGCUGUUGUGUCCAGGAGUUGCAUUCAGCAGGCGGAAAGUUGGUCUCUUUUGCCGAUGACUGGAGUGAUGAGCAGAUCAAGGCGUGCAACCGCAGUGCAGUGGAGGUGUCCGUCUCGGAUGGCACCAUUCAAUCGUGGCUGAGUGGUACAGCAACAUCAGGCACUGAGGAGGAUCAAAGUACAGCAAGCGGUUGCCUGACGAGGCUGCGCCUGUUCUCUGGAAACGACUACCUUGGCCUCUCGUCUCACCCAGCAGUUCGUGCAGCCGCCGCACAGGCAGCCAUGGAGUAUGGGAUGGGCCCCCGUGCGUCACCGUUGGUCUGCGGUUAUACAGAGCAUCAUCGGGAGCUGGAAAGGGCGCUUGCGGAGCUCAAGGGAACUGAGGACUGCCUCCUCUUUCCGAGCGGCUUCGCUGCCAACAUGGGCGUGGUGACUGCCAUAUGCAGCCCGAGUCUCGGCGACCAGGCCCAGCCAAACCCCCCCUCCAUGGUCGCCAUCUUUUCGGACGAGCUUAAUCACGCCUCGAUCAUUGACGGGGUGCGGCUUGCGCAGCGCACGGGCCGCCAGGCGGUGACGGCGCACGUCUAUCGGCAUUGCGACAUGACACAUCUCGAACAACUUUUAAGCGCCAGCUCAGCACCGAGAAAGGUCGUUGUGACGGACAGCCUGUUCAGCAUGGACGGGGACUUUGCACCUUUGGCAGAGCUCGCCGUCCUCCGCCGCAAGCACGGCUUCCUGCUGGUCGUCGACGAGGCGCAUGCCACGUUGGUGUGCGGCCAUCGAGGGGGCGGCGCCGCCGAGGCUUUCGGGGUCGCCGACGAGGUCGAUCUUCACGUGGGCACUCUGAGCAAAGCAGUGGGGUGCCACGGAGGAUUCGUGGCGACCAGUCGAAAAUGGAAGCAGUGGAUCCUCUCUCGCGGCCGCUCUUUCGUCUACUCGACCGCACAACCCAUCCCCACCGUUGCAGCUGCGUUAGCCGCAUUGGUGGUUGCCCGACGAGAGCCCUGGCGGCAGCGCCACGUGUGGGCCCUCGUCGAUGCACUUUCCGCCGCUCUGGGCGUUCCGUUCACGUCCCCGAUCAUUUCCGUUGUCAUCGGCGGAGCAAAGGAGGCGCUGGACGCGAGCAACGAAUUGCUGCGGAGGGGCUUCCACGUGCCGGCGAUUCGCCCGCCGACCGUUCCGGAAGGAUCUUCCAGGUUGCGCAUCGCUCUUUCCGCGGCGCAUACAUUCGAUGACGUGGCGGCGCUCGUCGACGCCCUUUCUCCCCUCCUGAAAAAGGGCCGGUCCCCGGCGUCUCCUUCUGGGGUUCGUUACGACGGUACUGGCCCCGCGAUGCCUCUUGGCAGUGGCGAAAUAGGUGUGAACGAGCCCGAGUUCCUCGUCCGUGGAGUUGACUUUGGUGUGAAUGGGGCCACGGCCUCAGACCCUCAAAAGGAGUUCGGCUUGAGUGGGCGCGAUCCAACCAUUCGAAAGGGGGGCUUUGAUGCAGACGGGCUCGCGGUCCCACUUUCUGAGGGCGGCUUCGGUGUGAAUAAGCUACAAGCUUCGGGAAGUAAGCGCGGCCUGGGCAUUGACGGGUCUCGCAUUACGAGAGGCGAAAUUGGGGUAAACUCUUCCGAUGUCACUUUUCGAGGGGAAAAGCUUGAUGAGAAUGGGCUCGUGUCAAUCUGCGUCAACGCCGCAGCGCAUGGUGCGGAUACUGGCCAACCUCCAGCCGGCCAACAAAUCAUUGCGUCCUCGACUCUCUCAACGCACGUAGAAUCUACAUUUAAAAGUGUGGAAUGUAGACGUGAACUGGUAGAGCAAUCUUCAUCGCAACAGGCGACAGCAGGUACAGGAAAAAGCGUAGGAGUUUCUCAGGUGUCGCAGCACGAGAUAGGCAGGGUGAUAGCAUUGGACAAGAAAAUUCGUCAUCGUCAAACGGAAUCGUUGUCCUGGUCUGAGCGCAGCCAGGGGGACAAGCCAGUGACGGACGCAUUGGAAGCAACUCACGUGAGCAGCAUAAUAAGCCAGCGGUCGCGACUUUAGGCGUCUACAUUCUCAAAUCUGCAUUCUAGUUAGGUGUGGUAAUCUCAACGACACAGCAAAUCUUACCUUGUGGACCUCACUAUCAGAGUGAAAGAGAUAGGUCUGGUCAUGAAGGAUUAUUGGGUGCCCGCGUAACCAGCCGAAGUCAUGCAUACAUUUGCGUUCUCAAACUGCCCUUCGAAG